UUCUGCUCGCGAUGAGUAUGCGAUCACGUUGGCUUCCAGGGACAUUGGCACAGUCAUCCCAGAAGGGCAUGAGCACCACUGCAGCCUACGAUGGAGGAUGCUGUUGGUAACAACAUUGCUGCUACCCGCUGAUCGGAGUGAUGCAAAUCGCACAAAAUGCCUUCGGAGGUCCUGAAUAAAUGGUUUGGGAGACGCCUCUCCCAGGCCCGACAGUACAUCAUGUACCACAAAUCCAGACUAAAGCCCGUGGCCACAGAGGACUGCGACAUCGUCAUGACAUUCCCAGACAACAUAGAUGACCAUACUUUGCUAUGGCUUCUCAACCAAAUUAGACUGGGCAUCCCACAGGUGGUUGUGCACAUUAGGCACCAUAAGCACAUCCGUGGCUUUGCCUUCUUCGUCACCACAACCUUUGAGAACCUGUUAAGAGGAGCUGAGCAAAUAGGGAUGCAUAAACAGGUCAAAUCGCAAUAUGGAGGUGGAAUGCGCCGAUUCUCAUGUGAAGAAGACACAAUCUAUGAAAACAUAGAGAGUGAACUGUGCUUUUUCACGUCACAGGAACGCCAAACUAUCAUUAAAUAUUGGCUGGACAACCUGAGAGCAAAACAAGGGGAUGUCCUUCAUAACAUUCACUUCCUGGAGGGACAGCCAAUUAUACCAGAGCUAAAAACAAGGGGUGUAAUUGUUCAGAUGUUUCCUCUUCAUGAACAGCGGAUUCUCAGCCAACUCAUCACCUCUUGGGUUCAGGCUGUGUGUGAGCGACAACCCCUUGAUGAUGUCUGUAAUUAUUUUGGGGUUAAGAUUGCCAUGUACUUUGCCUGGUUGGGUUUCUAUACCAACUCCAUGCUCUAUCCCGCGGUUAUUGGUUUACUGCUGUGGAUGCUUUCAGAAGCAGAUCAGAAGAGCCAAGACAUCUGCUGUGUUGUAUUUGCCCUCUUCAAUGUCAUAUGGGCCACACUAUUCCUGGAGCGAUGGAAAAGAAGAGAAGCCGAGCUGGCAUUUAAAUGGGGCACUCUCGACACCCCCGCAGAAUCCAUUGAGGAGCCCCGGCCCCAAUUCCGUGGGGUAAAACGCAAUAGUCCUGUGACAGGUUGUGAGGAGCUCUAUUACCCUCCCUGGAAACGUAACGUGUUCAGAUGGAUGGUCAGCCUCCCCAUUUGCCUGCUCUGCCUGUGCUUUGUGUUCCUGGCCAUGUUCGUUUGUCUUGAACUUCAGGAGGUGGUGACAGAAAUGAAAGAGCUCCCCAGCAUAACUCGAUUUCUUCCCAAAAUCCUGCUUGCUGUUACAGUAUCCACAUGCGAUGAAGUGUACAAGAAGAUAGCCCUUUGGCUCAACGACAUGGAGAAUUACAGAUUGCAGAGUGCCUAUGACAAUAAUCUCAUUAUGAAAUUGGUCUUUUUUCAGUUUAUUAACUCAUACCUAAGCCUGUUCUACAUUGGGUUCUACCUCAAAGACAUGGAGCGGCUGAAAGAGAUGCUGGCCACCCUCUUAAUCAUCCGCCAGUUCCUGCAAAAUGUCAAGGAGGUGCUACAGCCCUAUCUAUACGAGCACCAAAAACUGAGGGAAUUCACUCUUCGGACCCUGUGGGAGGUGCUGCAGACUUCCAUCUGUAAGUACGGACGUGUAGCUCUGGGCAAAGCAUGGAUGACCAGUGAAGCCCUGAGCAAAGAUGAGAAGUCAGACUCUACUUGUCAACCUGAGAAGAAGGGGAGGAAAAGCCUCUUGGCGGGAUUCAGAAACACUCAGGCCGAAGAAGGAGAAGAGGAAAAUGCUCUUAAGCACCGGAAGGUCAGCUUCACUAAAAAGGUUCAAUACAAAGACACUGCUUCCAAUACGAAGGUCGGGCAUUGCGUGCUGCAGGAUGGCAGCCCUACUCUUGUCGAGGAGGGAGCUGACCCUGCCAACAUCUUUGAGAUCUGUGACAAUGACUCUGACAGUGAAAUUCUGGAGUCCAGCAAGGAUGCUGCCAGAUUUUCAAACCCAGUGCCUUUGUUAUCUGAGCCAAAACCCAAUGUUGUUCUUCCUCCAAGGGAAAAAAUGAACGACACAUCGGAAAUGGUGAGCAAGAAAAUAUCCUGGAUUGACCCGCCUGAUGAAAAAGAAUUAUCUACUCUGACCCAACCAGAGAUUGAGAGCUGCAUGCUGACAUAUGAGGAUACGCUUCAGGAUUACCAGGAGAUGUUUAUCCAGUUUGGAUACGUUGUCCUGUUCUCCUCCGCAUUUCCCCUGGCAGCCAUGUGUGCGCUCAUCAACAACAUCAUCGAGAUCCGCAGUGACGCGCUGAAACUCUGCACUGGUCUGCAAAGGCCUUUCAGCCAAAGAGUGGAGAACAUUGGCCAGUGGCAGAUGGCAAUGGAGGCAAUGGGCCUGAUCGCCAUUAUAGUGAACUGCUACCUGAUUGGACAGUGUGGUCAGAUCCAGAGGCUUUUCCCUUGGCUUAGCCCGGAAAUGACCAUCAUCUCCAUCGUUGUCUUGGAGCAUUUUGCCAUUCUUCUGAAGUAUGUUAUUCACAUGGCAAUACCUGACAUUCCUGGCUGGGUUGCUGAUGAGAUGGCAAAACUGGAAUAUAAGCGGAGGGAAGCCCUGAAGCGCCAUGAACGUCAGGCCCAGCAGCAGUACCAGCUGCAAUUGAGAAAGAAAAGAGAGGAGGAGGAGCUGAGAUUGGCAGAGCAACAGGCGCGGCAGGAGUGGGACCAGGAGAAGGCAGACACCCCCGAGUCUCCCAUGGGUGAAGACCCCAGAGUGCCGGGUCUAGGGAAGCCCGGAGGGGACAAACCCAAGAGACCGAGCUCACUGUUGACCGGUAACAAUGUGAUGAAACUAAAGCAGAUGAUUCCACUGCAGGGCAAGUUCACAACCACUUCUCCCACAGGCAGCGAGCCAAAGCUUCCUGGGUUCCUCAAUUUCAAAUUCCUGAAAAGCCCGGAGAUGAAAAAAGACCCCACCGCUGCUUUCUCCGCUGCGGCAGCAGCCACGCAGUCUCCCAGCAAGUCUUUCAACCCAGGGAAACUCUUCCAUUUCACCAAGUCAGAUGGGACAGAUCAACACUCAAAAACAGUGGACAGCAUGAAGACCACAAGUGUGCAACAAUCAAAUCAUAGCCAGACAACAACCCCCGAACAGCAGCCCUCCCAGGAGGAAGACGCUGACGAGCUCUCAGAUUCAGACACAAGCCCCUCAAAAAAACUGUGAAAUCAAAAAGUCUUCUUAGAGCUUUGUAUGUUUAGCAGCAAUAUAUACUGUGGUGACACAGAAGUGCCAGCUGGUGCAUUAGAAUGUUAUAGCUUGCUUAAAAAACGGCAUGACAAAUUAAAUGUAUGACUACAUAUGUAUGUAAUAAUUGCAUGGCACAAAACUGUUGAAUAUGCACAGAACACUGUAAUUCUUCAUUUAAUUGUUGUCCUAAAAAUGUUUUAAAAAUUCACCUAUUUAUGUGAUGGUCCAUGUGCCCAUUAUUAAGAAUGUUCCAUGAAAUUUGUGUACUGUAAAUUUAAUUUUGAAGAUAUAGUUUGAAAACAUUCUAUUUUUUACUGAUCUUUUUGGAGUGUAAUUUUUUUAAAGCGAUCAGAAUAAUAAAAAAUAUACAAA